AUGGUUAUUAUCUUGCCAAGUCGCUGGAUGGGCGUUGACCUGCGAGAUUUGCGUGCGGUUAGUGCCAGAUUUGAGCUGUACGAAAAGCAGCGUGUUGACUACGUCAAUCACAACAUGGAAUUUGCUCGCUUCUUGGGAAGAAUGUUUCACUCUUUGCCUUGGCCUCUUGCUAAGGUUUGUGAUUUGAUCUUUGACUAUACACCCUUGUAUGGACAUUAUUUGAAGAAGGGGUAUCUUCAAAAGGCCGAAGAGGAAACGAUGAGCUUGAAGGAGCUUCAGGUUGUUUAG